AUAUCUACUUCCUUUCUGCAGGUAAUUCCCAGAUGGGGGCCACUAUAGUAGACGCCCUGGAUACCCUUUACAUAAUGGGCCUCCACGAUGAGUUUAAGGAUGGCCAGGAGUGGAUCAAGCAAAACUUGGAUUUCAGUGUGAAUGCAGAAGUAUCUGUCUUUGAGGUCAACAUCCGCUUCAUUGGAGGGCUUCUGGCUGCAUACUACCUCUCCGGACAGGAGGUUUUUAAGGUGAAGGCUGUCCAGCUGGCAGAAAAGCUGCUUCCUGCCUUCAACACCCCAACAGGCAUCCCUUGGGCCAUGGUUAAUUUGAAGAGUGGAGUGGGGCGUAACUGGGGCUGGGCAUCAGCUGGAAGCAGUAUUCUGGCUGAGUUCGGGACGCUGCACAUGGAGUUUGUGCACCUGACGUAUCUGACUGGAAACCCUGCCUACUAUCAGAAGGUGAUGCACAUACGGAAGCUGCUGGCUAAGAUGGACCGACCCAAUGGGCUUUACCCCAACUACCUGAACCCACGCACUGGACGCUGGGGCCAGCAUCACACCUCAGUAGGUGGGUUGGGUGAUAGUUUCUAUGAGUACCUGUUGAAGGCCUGGCUGAUGUCUGAUAAAACGGACACAGAGGCACGCAAGACGUACGAUGAUGCCAUCGAGGCAAUUGAGCGCCACCUCAUCCGUAAGUCCAAUGGUGGCCUUACUUUCAUCGGGGAGUGGAAAAACGGCCACUUGGAGCGUAAGAUGGGUCACCUGACUUGCUUUGCUGGGGGUAUGUUUGCCCUGGGGGCUGAUGGGUCGCCAGAUGAUAAAGCUGGACACUAUCUGCAGCUCGGAGCAGAGAUUGCACACACCUGCCAUGAAAGCUACGAUCGCACUGUGCUGAAGCUCGGCCCAGAAGCCUUUAAGUUCGACAGUGGGCUGGAAGCAGUGGCUGUGAGACAGAAUGAGAAAUACUAUAUCCUGAGGCCUGAGGUCAUCGAGACAUACUGGUACAUGUGGAGAUUUACCCACGACCCCAAAUACAGGCAGUGGGGUUGGGAAGCAGCGCAGGCUAUAGAUAAAUACUGCCGAGUGAGCGGAGGAUUCUCUGGUGUUAAAGACGUCUACUCCUCCAACCCCACCUAUGAUGACGUCCAGCAAAGCUUCUUCCUGGCGGAAACCCUCAAGUAUCUCUAUCUACUUUUCUCCAGCGAUGAGCUGCUGCCUCUUGAGAGCUGGGUGUUCAACACGGAGGCCCAUCCUCUGCCCGUCCUGCACCUGGGCAACAUCACCCUGCCUGGCAGCGAGACCCAGCGGUAGAGCGGACUCACCGGGGGGGCGCUCUCCCCCUCGCUCGCCCCAUUUCUAAACAUCUCCCUCCUUGUGAAAGACAGCAGCUGCCAGUGCAAAGGAGAGGAGAGAACUUAUACCCACCAACCCCUGUCUCCUCCUGGACCGUGAAUCAUGGGACUUCAGUGAACGGAGGGGACUGGAACAGACCCAUCUCUCUUUAUCUAUGUCUCUCUCAUAUAUUCUCUGAAGGACAGACUGUCGGAUUGAUCAUGUGUCUCUCUCUUGUGGCCGCAGGUCUGACAUGUUCGUACACACUGUAUAUGCAUUGGCAGACUAAAAGACCCUCUGAAAUGGAUGUUUGUUUCUCACUGGGGAAGGAUUUUAACAAGUUAAUUUGUGCCCCCCCCCCACACUCUCUCUAUAAUUCGGUGGCAUUUCAUAUCAUCAGCUCAGCUCUAAAUCAAAAUGAUGGAUAAAUGUUUUUUUUUUUUUUGGACCAGACUGCCUUCAGAGCCUUUGACUCUGUGAGCUGGGCUUCUGGAGAUGGCAGAUGUUGGAUGUGACCUGUGAAAUCUUUCUCCAGCUGAGACUGAAUUUAGGCCAGAGGCACCAGGAAUGUUCUUUUCACCUGGAUUUCUCUUCAGACAGUCUCUCCGAGGUCUCUUUGUUAAGGUUAGGGGGUAAAAAGGGACACAUGCUGCUAUCGAACAGCUGCUGCCUGUGACACAGUCACCACCGUCAUUCCAGAAACCUUCACUUUCUGCAUCGUUCCAUUCCCAUCUUCUUCUUUUUUUUCCAUCCAUUGUGAAUGCCCAGAGUGUCAUUCAUACUGCAUUCUGAAAAAAGGAUGGACUGGUGUUUGGUUAUGCAUCACAAUGAAUCACCACUUGAAGAGACUGUAUCUUGUGGAGAGAAAUCACAGUGCUCUAGAUGCUAAUGCUCACGGCAGUCACCAUUUGUUUUCAUUUGUCGAUCGUGCCGCUCUGUAAGACCAGACCAGAUUCUUUCAACAGCCAAGGUUUACCACUAAUCGUAGCCAACGAGCUAGAGAUUUAUAUAUAUGGGGUUAAGAGUUCAUAAACACACUGUGUGCCCUUUACAAGAAACCUAGAGUAAAUAAACAAUGCAAGGAUUUGAAAUGCCAUUGCAUAACAACUAAGCCCAUGAUGUAUGAUGUUGGGAAUACUCCCGAAUGCUUUUUGUCAUUUCAGUUUCUGGAUGUGUCUUCUUUAGUCAAAUGCAUAUCUCUGAGUUUUAACAUGACUUAUUCAAUCCUGGACAUGUUUUCUGAAACACGGUGGUGGUGGACAGAUUUCUGAUAUCAGAUGACUAAACACAACCUGCAGCCAAUCAUAUUGAAGAAUUUUGUUUGUUUGUAUUUAUUUUUUUUUGGUUUAAUGACCUUUAAUGAAUAUUGAUUCAGUCUCUUUAGAAGAUGUGCUCAGCCUUAUGCUCUCAGACUCGAGUUGUUGUUUUUUGUUUGUUUUUUUAUCUUCAAGUGUGUAAAAUGGCACAUCCACCGAAGAUUUCAUGUAGUCGACCAGAAGGAAAGCUAAUUAUUUUCUCAUCUUGGUUAAUGAAGAAACUGUGAGAAUUGGUGUGUCAGGAAGACUCGAGCACCACUGAUGGGAUGCUGGGUGCCAUCGAUCAGCCCCCCUUAAGCGUCUUUCACUUUAUAUCCCGUCAUUUCAGUUCCUCAGUUCCUAAAGCUCUCAUCUGAGUGUGUGUGAGAGAUGUGUCCUCCCCUCUAGAUGGCAGCAGUGGUGUCCGGCUGCCCCUGAAUGGCAUUUCUUUUCUUUUCUUUUCUCCCAGUAACAUGACUGACUUAAUGGUGAGUGAAGCCCGGGCCAAAACUCUUCCCAGUUGUUGGUGGGUGGGUUUUGACAAAGCUGUGCUCUGUAUUUGUAUUUUUACUGAACAAAAAAAUAUAUAAUAAUUGUAAAUAUGUUUAAAAUGCCACACAAAUUCAAUAAAGAUGUUACAAGAAAUGAACGUGAUAAAAAAAA